UAUUACUCAUGGAUAAUUUCUUUUCUUUUCCCGGGUUUUGUUGUUCAAUUGCACCCUUUUGUUGCCAAAUUUAUUUGAUUUCUUAAAUUUGGAAUUGUUUUGAUUAUGUAAUGUAACUGUUACAUAACACAGGCUCUUUAUAAUGGUUUUAUUGACGAGCUUUUCUCCUUUGACAUAUCAAAGUUUCGAAAUGUCUUUGCUAUAAACUAGAUUUCUACAUUUAAGGGUUACAACAGAAAAGCAUAACUGUGCAUGGCUAAACUGAAAGAAAAUAUUGCUUAGUAAUUGACUUGGAAAUCAUCUAAUGCAUUUUUCUUUGGUUUCGGUGAUGGUGGGAAUGAAGACACUGAGGCCUGCUGUAAUGGGAAAGAAGAUCACAGUCCUAACACUAUGGAUUAUUGCUCAACAUAUAACAGAUGUUGUAGGACAAACAACUCAUUACCUCCCAUGGUCUCCGGAAACCAACUUUCUUGAAUGGGACAAGAACAACACUAUAUACGUUAAUGACAGAAUAGUGUUUAAAUACGAGCCGAGCUAUACCCUUACUGAGGUGAAUUUCCGUGGAUACAUAAAUUGCAAUACUACAAACCCAAUUAGCAAUUAUGAGGAUGGUCUUACCCAGAUGGAGAUGACUCAAACUGGCACACGAUACUUCAUCAGCAGUGCAACUGGGAGCUGCAAUUUCAAGCACUUCUUCGUUGUGAAAUCUCGUGAUUUGCUCACGACUAGUCUUGUAGCUCAUAUGACCUUACAAGUUCCGCCUGCUCCAGCUCUGGCUCCAGUACCUUAUAUGAAUUCUGGUGGUGGUGGUGAUGGCAUAGCGAUUGUCAAUAUUGUUUGGAUUAUUAUUGGUGGCUUAAUGUUAGCAUAUUGAAAUGAGACAGAUUUGUUUUUGCGGCUGUUUUAUUUAUUUAUUUUUGUAUUAAAAUUGUUUUAAAGAUUCAUUUAGGGUUUUGGAUGUAAACGCUUGAAUAGAUGAUUAAAAUGUGAAUUUCAAUUU